CCCGCAGUGGCGUCAUUGUCUCCUCGCCGGAAGCGCUAGUUCGGGCUGUCGGUGCAUGGUGACACCGCCCAGCUGCGGCCCGCAUCUGCUGGGUUAGAGCGACCCGGCUCGGUGUCGGGAGGAGGGGGUGACAGGCACUCUGCUGGCCCCAGUGACAAUGGCGGUGUUUCACGACGAGGUGGAGAUCGAGGACUUCCAAUAUGACGAGGACCUGGAGACGUAUUUCUACCCCUGCCCGUGUGGAGAUAACUUCUGCAUCACCAAGGAAGAUUUGGAGAAUGGGGAAGACGUGGCAACGUGUCCUAGCUGCUCUCUCAUUAUAAAAGUGAUUUAUGACAAAGUAAGGGAACACAUUUUAAAAGGAGCAGUUUAUGUGUGGAGAAACAAUCCCAGCCCCUUCCACCAGCAAAGAAUUAGUUAAAUGCUGAAAAACACUAG